GAAAAAUGGGUGUCACCGAACAAGAUCUAUUACCUCUCAAAAAGAUUAAAGUCCCUCCUGAGUUUGAGAGUGAUUCUCAAUUCUAUUAAGAAACAAUCCUGAAACAAUAUGAAAAAAGAAGAUAAAGAUUGUUAAUUGAAUAUUAGGAAUUACUCAAUAGAAAAUCUGAAGAAACUUAAAAUCAUCAAAAAUCGCUACCUCCAGAAGAAAAAUAAGAGGAUUCAACAACAUCUAGGAUUAAUGAAAAAUUGUUGAAGAUGAAGAAGUUUUAACAAGACUAUCGAGAAUAAUAAUUGAUGCAAUACUCACAAAAAGAGCAAUUAAUUGAAACACGAAGGAAACAAAUAAGCAGUGAAAGGGAAUUGCGUGCAUAUUAAAAGGAAGUCUUAGACACUUCUCGAUUAGAAUAAGUUCAUAGAAACAGGGAUAUUAUUUAGAAAUUGAUAACAGAUAAGCAAGUUUAAAGGAGGAUGAGCUAUGAUGCUAAGUUGUAAAAAUGGGAACUCCUAAAAUAGGCCUAAUAUUUAAUUCCUAAAAGUACUAGAGUUGAUGAAACAUUGGCUCGUUAUUAGAAAUGCUUAGAAGAAAAGAAAUAGUAGGAUUUACAGAGAUUAAAAAGAUUGGAGGAAAGUCUUGAGAAGGCUUGUUCCAAGAAAUCAUAAAAUGUUGUCGAAGUUAAAAGAAGAGGAUUACUUGAGUAAUUAAAAAUUGAAGAAGCUUUAUUUAACAGAGAAAGAUCUUAAAAUGCUAAGAAAAGCAAUCUUCUUGAAAAAACACAGCAAAGAACUGUUUUGGAUAGACGAUCGAUGAGUGAGUUACCAAAAGAAAAACCUUAUCCUUUACCAAAAUUUUUAAGUUCUAAAUAACAAAAAAAGUUAAAUUCUUAAACUCUGUAACAUUUCUCAUCAGAAAUUACAUAACUCAUAGAUUCAGUCAACAUUCAUGAUAUUGAAGAGAAAUUACUACAAGUGUGUGCCUCUUAAGAUAAGACAUAAGGAGAAUUAUUUGCUAAAACUAAUUAUUUAUUUUUAUAUCACUGA